GUUUUUUAGUCGCUGGGUCUUUUCCUGGUUAACUGUGUAUCUCUGGGGGUAGGGAGGGCCUGCCUCAGUGUUUCAGGCCGGGAAAGGUAAUCGACGCUGCGCACGCACUCCUCUGCCGGCGAGCCAGAAGGCGGCAGCGGCGGGACCCGGAGAGGAAGCCCAGCGUAGAGCAGUGUGGCCGCGGCCGGAUCUCCGGGCCGCUACCUGAUGUACCAUGCUUUCUUGUGAUAUCUGUGGUGAAACAGUAACCUCAGAACCAGACAUGAAGGCUCACCUCCUGAUUGUUCACAUGGAAAACGAAGUUGUAUGUCCAUUUUGCAAGUUGUCGGGUGUGAAUUAUGAUGAAAUGUGUUUUCAUAUUGAAACUGCUCAUUUUGAAGAAAAUGAACUAGAAAGAAACUUUGAGAGGAUCAAUACAGUGCAGUACGGAACUUCAGAUAAUAGCGAGGACAACACCCUACAGUGUAGAUCGGAAGUUAAUUCAGGUAUUCAUUCAGCUUGUGCAUCUAAUCAUCCGAAAAUUUCAACUCAAAGCUUGCCUAAAGAUGGUACUUUAAAACAUAACGCUUUUUAUUCAGAAGACUUAACUGGAUCUAGAAAAUUCCUAAAAAGUAAAGAAAAAGAGUGUGACCUAUCCAAAAUAAAAGGAUCAAUUUAUGAAACAAUGUAUAGUCCUCCCGAAUGUCCAUUCUGUGGAAAAAUAGAAGAUUGUAGUCAAGAUAUGGAAACUCAUGUGAAAACAAAGCAUGCCAAUCUUUUAGACACUCCAUUAGAAGACUGUGAUCAACCACUGUAUGACUGCCCUAUGUGUGGGCUCGUCUGUACACAUUACCAUAUUCUCCAGGAACAUGUCAACUUGCAUUUGGAAGAAAGUAACUUUGGGCAAGGCAUGGAUAGAAUCCAGUGUUCUAGAGAUCUAGAAUUGGCUCACCAGCUUCAACAAGAAGAAGACAGAAAGAGGAGAUCUGAAGAAUCAAGACAAGAAAUGGAAGAAUUUCAGAAGCUGCAGAGACAAUAUGGUUUAGAUAAUUCUGGAGGGUACAAACAACAGCAACUACGAAAUAUGGAGAUAGAAGUAAAUAGGGGAAGAAUGCAUCCAUCUGAAUUUCAUAGAAGGAAAGCUGAUAUGAUGGAAUCACUAGCUAUUGGUAUUGACGAUGGAAAAACAAAAACUUCUGGAAUUAUUGAAGCACUUUGUAGGUAUUAUCAGAAUGCUGCCACAGAUGUGAGGCGUGUGUGGCUUUCUGCAGUGGUGGAUCACUUUCAUUCAUCUUUUGGUGACAAAGGUUGGGGUUGUGGUUACAGAAAUUUCCAAAUGCUACUUUCAUCAUUAUUACAAAAUGAUGCUUAUGAUGAUUGCUUGAAAGGUAUGUCAGUUCCUUGCAUUCCAAAAAUUCAGUCUAUGAUUGAAGAUGCAUGGAAGGAAGGUUUUGAUCCUCAGGGUGCCUCUCAACUUAAUAACAGGUUACAGGGAACAAAGGCCUGGAUUGGAGCAUGUGAGGUGUAUACACUUCUGACCUCCCUAAGGAUAAAGUGCCAUAUUGUUGAUUUUCACAAGGCAACUGGUCCUUUGGGUACACACCCUCGCUUAUUUGAGUGGAUAUUGAACUAUUAUUCUUCAGAGAGGGAAGGGAGUCCAAAAGUAGUGUGUACAUCUAAGCCUCCUAUCUAUCUUCAGCAUCAAGGUCAUAGUCGAACAGUUGUUGGAAUUGAAGAGAAAAAAAACCGAACAUUAUGUUUACUAAUAUUUGAUCCUGGAUGUCCUUCUCGAGAAAUGCAGAAACUAUUAAAGCAAGACAUGGAGGCUAGCAGUCUCAAGCAACUUCGGAAAUUUGUGGGAAAUUUAAAACAUAAGCAAUACCAGAUAGUGGCAGUAGAGGGUGUUCUUUCUUCAGAGGAGAAAGUUGCCAGGAGACAAGCUUCUCAACUCUUUACAGCCGAGAAGAUUCCUUGAAGAAUUAAGCAUUUCAGUGAUUGUGGAAUUUUACUUUGUAUUUCAAAUUCAGAUGUUAAACUCCUUAAUACAAUUAUGAAUCUGUAAAUUCUCUAAAAUUCUCUAAAUACUCUUGUAAUUGAAUUUCUAAAAUGUCUAAAUUAUACCUUUAGCGCUCCAUUGUUCAGUAAUAAUUUCAAUAAAAUAUUUUCUUUACAUUGUG